AUGGGCUCGGCGGAUGUGUCCAUUGUCUUCGCUGAUGAGGAGUCCGGACACCGUUCACCCUUCAUGAGUGUUGACUCUGACCUGUUCAGUGAACCCUUCCCCUUCACCGUCCUCGCUGCGGCUAUUCGCGCUGUCCUCGCCUUGGUCAAAUCGGGCUUGGUCGCCCCCUGCCGUGGUUUCGCCCACCGAGCUGGCCAGGAGGGGGUCUCUCAGCCGCCUCCGACGCCCAAGUACCGACCGGGCGAGACGUGGGCCUCUGGCAGCAAGGCGCAGGACCCGUCCGGCGACACGAACGAGGACAAGUUGGAAUCCUUGUUGGCCGAGUACCAUGGAGAACUCAUGCAGAAGCUGAUGCUCCAAGAAUUGAUGCUGAAGCAGAUGCUCCCUGUGCUUCAGUACGGCCACCUCAGCUACGGCUACGAGAUCGAUCCGGAGCCACCCGGGCCUUCGAAAGACUCCAAAACCAAGGACUUUUCUGAGGGGCUUGGCCCGCUGCCAGAUCAGAAGAACAGCCGCCUCUCCCUCAUGAAGGCCAACACCGUGCCAGUGUCCUUCAAGGAGGAUGGCGAACAAUUGUUCAGCACUUUUCAUGCGGAGGACUUGAACCGUGUGGAGAUGGCAGCCAGCGUCGAUGGGCAACACAGCCGGCAACGCUAUGCCAGCAGGAUGUCAGAAGCUCGUGCGAGAGCUCAUCAGAUGUCCAAAACUACAGGUCAAAUGGCGAGACGGGUGGUGGAGAAUCCGUUCUUCGAUGCCUUCUUUGCUGUGGUGGUUCUCCUGAAUUCCGUCUUCAUCGGCUAUGAAGUGGAGGUAAGCCUCACCACCACCCAGCGGAACACCUUCAUGCAGGUCUGUCAGUAUAGCUUUACCUUCCUCUUCGCCGCGGAGCUCCAUUUCCGCAUCAUGGCCUUUGGCAAGGACUUCUUCUGCAACGAGGAUUGGAAUUGGGCCUUACUGGAUGUCUUCAUCGUGUUAAGCUCCUUCUGGGAGGUCAUCGUGGACAUUUCCAAGGCCAUGGGGGAGAGCAACAUCGAGACCAUCGCGGGCAUCAGCAGCCUCAAGGCCUUCCGCAUCAUCCGUAUCACCCGGGUGUUGAAGACGGUGCAGCUGGUCCGGAUCUUGCGCUUUGUGGUGGCGCUUCGCACCUUGGUGACCUCGAUUUUUCACACGCUGAAGAGCCUGGUCUGGGCCAUGGUCUUGCUGACCCUGAUUGUGUAUGUCUUCGCUGUCCUCUUCACACAGGCGGUGAAUGAUUUUGUGAAGGACAACAAGCACGUCAUGGAUCCGGACCAGUGGCAGGCAUUGGAGCUGGUGAGUGCCGAAUACUUCGGUUCACUGGGGACGACCAUGCUGAGUCUGUUCAUGAGCAUUGCUGGAGGAGUGAGCUGGGAGGAGGUCUUGGUACCGCUCCACAAGAUGAACACGAUUUGGAUUCUGAUCUUCCUGGUGUACAUUGCCUUCACAUAUUUUGCAGUUCUCAAUGUUGUCACUGCGGUUUUCUGCCAAACUGCCAUUGACAGUGCUCAAAAUGAUCACACCACCAUGAUGCACGCGAUUUUGGCGAACAAAGAGGCCCACCUUCAGAAGGUGAAGGAUUUGUUCAACCGCCUCGGUGCAGAGAAGAGCGGGGAAAUCACUUAUUUGAUGUUCGAAGAGAAGAUCAAUGCCCCGGAAGUCAGGGAAUAUUUCUCGUCCUUGGGUCUGGAUGUUUGGGAUGCUUGGUCCUUCUUCAAGAUGUUGGAUUUGGAUGAGAGCGGUGCGGUCGAUAUGGAGGAGUUUUUGAUGGGGUGCUUGCGUGUGCGCGGCAGUGCCAAAGCGAUCGACAUCAGCAAGUGCCUUGCCCUCGAGAUCCAAGACCAUUCCAUCCAACUGCUCUCAACCAGACGGUGCAAGUUUUCCAUGAUGGCCGAGGCAGUUGGAACACAAUAGGAAUCCAAGGUGUUUACAAACCUGCUCGC